GAGGUUCCGGGAGGAGGAGGAAGCUGCGGCCGCCCAAGGUGGACGCCCUCAGCCCCAGGGCAUUGCCGUAGGGCGUUCAGUUUUCCUUACUUGUGGCAAAACAAGCCAAGAGGAGGAACAGACACAGCCCUGGUAGUUGUGGUCCAGCCCUCAUUCUACAGAUAUGGCAAACAAGGGGAACAAGAAACGUCGGCAGUUCUCCCUAGAGGAGAAAAUGAAAGUUGUGGAAGCUGUGGACUCAGGCAAGAGGAAAGGCGAUGUGGCAAAAGAAUUCGGUAUCACUCCUUCUACUUUGUCUACAUUCUUAAAGGAUCGUGCCAAAUUUGAAGAAAAGGUGCGGGAGGCAUCUGUGGGACCCCAGAGGAAAAGGAUGAGGAAUGCUCUUUAUGACGACAUUGAUAAGGCUGUUUUUGCUUGGUUUCAAGAAAUCCAUGCCAAAAACAUUCUCGUGACUGGUUCUGUCAUUCGGAAAAAAGCACUAAACUUGGCCAACAUGCUUGGCUAUGACAAUUUUCAAGCAAGUGUGGGCUGGCUGAACAGAUUUCGGGAUCGCCAUGGAAUUGCUUUGAAAGCAGUCUGUAGAGAGGAUAGUGACAGAUUAAUGAAUGGUCUAGGAAUAGAUAAGGUUAAUGAGUGGCAUGCAGGGGAAAUUAUAAAACUAAUUGCUGACUACAGCCCAGAUGAUAUCUUUAAUGCUGAUGAGACAGGAGUGUUUUUCCAGUUGCUUCCCCAGCACACACUUGCUGCUAAAGGGGACCAUUGUAGAGGGGGCAAGAAAGCAAGGCAGCGGUUGACAGCACUCUUUUGUUGCAAUGCUUCAGGGACUGAAAAAAUGAGACCAUUGAUUGUUGGUAGAUCAGCCAACCCACGCUGCCUCAAGAAUGUCCAUUCCCUCCCUUGUGACUACCGAGCCAACCAGCAGGCAUGGAUGACACAGGAUCUGUUUAAUGAGUGGCUGAUGCAAGUGGACGCCAGAAUGAAGCAGGCAGAACGCCGGAUCCUCCUGCUGAUUGACAACUGCUCCGCUCACAACAUGCUUCCACGCUUGGAAAGGAUUCAGGUGGGGUAUCUGCCCUCAAAGUGUACUGCCAUCUUGCAGCCACUGAAUCUUGGCAUAAUUCAUACCACAAAAGUGCUGUACAGGAGCCACCUGCUAAAACAGAUCCUCCUCAAGCUGAACAGCAGUGAAGAUCAAGAAAAAGUGGACAUCAAGCAGGCCAUUGACAUGAUUGCUGUGGCAUGGUGGUCAGUCAAGGAGUCCACAGUGGUGAAAUGCUGGCAGAAGGCAGGCAUCAUCCCUGUGGAAUUGAUAGAUUCUGACGUAGAAGCAGCAGCCAGUGAACCAGAUAUUGCCAUUGAAAAGUUGUGGCACUCAGUGGCUAUUGCCACCUGUGUCCCAGAUGAAAUAAAUUUCCAGGACUUUGUCACUGCAGAUGAUGACCUCAUCAUCUCUCAGGAGCUGCUGGAUACAGAGGUCAUCCAGGACACGGUGGCUGGUGAAAGUACUGAUGAAGCUGGAAGUGAAGAUGAGGGGGAGGCAUCUCUACCACAGCAGCCAAAAGUCACCAUCACAGAGGCCAUCUCAAGUGCACAGAAACUUAGACGGUUCCUUUCCACUUGUGUAGGUGUUCCUGAUGCCAUUUUUGGACAGCUAAAUGGCAUAGAUGAAUAUUUAAUGAGAAGAGUGACACAAACUCUUGUUGAUUCCAAAAUUACACAGUUCCUCUAAACAAAAUAAUGUAGAAAUUAACUGCCUCUUUUAAUUUAGAAGAUGUAGUUUACAAGAAUAUUUAUUUAGCUAGGAUAUUGAACUUAAAUUUUAAGCAAUAUUUUUGUGACAACAUUCCAGUUUUCUGAAAUAAUCAGGAAACUUUCUUGAAUGGAAUUUGGGGCCCAAGACUUUUCAUUUCUAACAAGUUCCCAGGUGAUGCCAAUGCUGAUGUGGUCCAAGGUCCAUGCUUAAGAACCACUGGUCCAUCUGGAUUCUAGCACUUCUCUCUUUAGCUGUCCAUCUGAAUACUCCCAAUCACUAACUGUCAAAAAAAAAAAAAGUAUCAGCUGUUCUUACUCCAGAACUGUUAACUCCUUCCUGCUGAUUUGGUAACUCCAGAACCUUCUUAGCUAUUCUCUUGAAUGCCCCACCAAGUAUUCAGUAGAGGUGCAUCUGUCUGUGCCAAAAGACUUAACAAAAGCCAU